AUGGCUGCAAGGAAUCCCGGACCUACCUUGAACAAGGAACCGCUAGGGUUUCCCACGUACCACAACAAGUGUAAAAGAGAUUAUUUGUCGCGAAGAUUAUUCCUGGAAUCGGAAGUUAACACCAGAAUUUAUAAGAAUAUUUAUCACAAUCUAGGUUUAAAAGGCGCUAUACCCAUUGAUUCUAAGACCGGUUACUAUUUGAUUAGAAAAAGGUGUAUUCAGAAUGGUUAUGCCAGGGGUGUUUUUAAGCUAACUAGAAUGGCAAAAAUGGCGUUUUUCCACGUAGCUAGGGAGGGUUGGCUUAAACGUUAUGGAUUUAGACCAGAUGUAUUCCGAAAUUAA